GUGGUAUGCAAUCGCUCUGUGAAACCGCCUUCUCGGUCCUAUUUAGGCGUGCGAUCUGAUGUUUUUGUGACUCGAGAUGAAAGGACAUGAAGACACGCUGAGGUUUUCACAUUAAAGCUAGUUGACGUUACGACUGGAAGCGACGCGUUCACCCGGAUUCCUUCCAUCGGUGUUGGAUGCUGAGUAGCUGAUGUGAUGAGUGCCUGACACUCUUUUCUUCUGUAUCCGUUGGAGACAAAAAAAAAAAAAAGAAAGAAAGAGAGAGGCGAUCGCCUCAAAUCUCAAGCAACAGGCUCGGUUUUAGUCGUAUCGGCGCACAAGGGAGUGGCCACGAGACGUGAGAAAGAAAGGCGACAUGUUCUGAGUGUAUAGGCCGGCGGGCGGGAUGAAGGCGCCGAGGAGACCGAGGCAGACGCUGCUCCUCCCCCGGCUCUGCGUCUGUGGAGUCGGUCUGCUGGCAGUCACCUGGGUUUUGCAUCUCAAUGAUGUUACCGACUCUUCUGCAACCUCUGUGGGUGUCUUAUCUAAGAAGGAGGUCAAGACACAGAAAGAUGACUACAACCUAUCCACAGUUUCUAAAACUGCCAUCAGCGAGUUUCCUGAAGACGUAUUUACCUUGGAGCAGCGGAGACAGGGAGCGGUCGUCCUCCAUGUGCUCUGUGCAAUCUACAUGUUUCAUGCACUAGCCAUUGUGUGUGAUGUUUAUUUCGUGCCGUCACUGGAAAAAGUCUCUGAGAACCUAAAACUUAGCCAGGAUGUCGCUGGUGCAACCUUCAUGGCCGCUGGUAGCUCUGCCCCUGAGCUUUUCACCUCUUUGAUUGGAGUGUUUAUCACAAAAGGAGACGUAGGCGUGGGCACAAUCGUGGGUUCAGCAGUCUUUAACAUCCUGGUCAUCAUUGGCAUCUGUGGCAUCUUCGCAGGACAGCCAAUUUUGUUGAGCUGGUGGCCUUUGUUUCGCGAUGCUGCCUUCUACAUUUUAUCCAUAAUUUUGCUCAUCGUGGUGAUCUACGAUGAAAAAGUCCAGUGGUGGGAGACCAUUAUACUGAUCUCCAUGUAUGGAAUUUACAUAAUCAUUAUGAAGUAUAACAGCACUCUCUGCAGCCUAGUAGUGAGAUACUGUAGUCCAUCAGGUCAACCAUGUUUGAGCACUUUACGACGGGCAACGGCGGUGGGGAACGCCACAGAGUGUGAUGCCGAUAUUGUGCCGCUAAAGCCAGACUCUUGCGCUGUGGUCGGUCAAGACACGGGGGUGGUGAUGGUGGAUGAGCUGCUUAACCUAUAUCCUCACCAGCUCACGUUCUCAGAGGCAAGCCUCCGUCUUCUCAUGACCUCGCAUUUCCCCCCCUUCACCCGUCUGCGCAUGGCAGGACGCACGGUCAUCAGUGAGAGGCAGAGACUUAUCCGGGCUCAGGUCAUAGCCAAAGAUGGCGCAGCUUCAGCAGAAGAUGGCUGCAGUGGCAGCGGGAGAGAAAACGGAUCGGCGGCUGACACGGACUGUCAGCCUUUGGAUGUGGGGGCAAGGGUAGACAACGAGACUGGGCGACAGGUGGGAAUCGCAGCGCAGGGUAUGGAGGAAGAGGAGGAGGAAGAACAGGAGGGGGAAGAAGAAAUUGCGCCCUUUAGACCCUUCAUCAUUCCAGAUGGCUGGUGUGUGCGUGUGAAGUGGCUUCUCUCCUGGCCAGUGAACCUCAUGCUUCACUGCACCGUGCCUGACUGCAACCUUCCACAGUGGGAACGCUGGUUCUUACUCACCUUCCUGGCCUCCACACUCUGGAUCGCCCUCUUCUCCUACCUCAUGGUCUGGAUGGUAACCAUCAUCAGUUACACACUUGGAAUUCCAGAUGUGAUCAUGGGUAUUACCUUCUUGGCGGCCGGCACUAGCGUACCUGACUGCAUGGCCAGCCUCAUUGUUGCCCGACGAGGCCUGGGUGACAUGGCCGUGUCCAACUCCAUUGGCAGUAAUAUUUUUGAUGUGCUGCUGGGCUUGGGUUUCCCUUGGGCACUGAGGACACUCAUUGUCAGCUAUGGCUCAGUGGUGACAAUCAAUAGCAGGGGCCUGGUGUACUCUGUUAUCCUGCUUUUGGCCUCGGUUACACUCACUGUUCUGUCCGUCCAUCUAAACCGGUGGAAGCUGGACCGCCGGCUGGGCCUCUGGCUCAUGCUGCUCUACAUUAUCUUCCUCCUAUGCUCCAUCAUCUUCGAAAAGCUGUUUUCACUGGAAUGAAUUUCACACCUUACAUCUAAAACUUACCUUUUGAUAAAUAUUUUACAUGGUUUUGUACCGCCACUACUGCACACAGCUCAGACACAAUUUGUAUUCUCCCUGCUGUACUUUGUACUGUGCUAGUGUUCGCAAUUACUCCUUUUAUUACGCUUAAUGGAAUUACAAAGCAUGCAGUUGUUGUUUUUUUUGCAAAGCAUUUUUAUCAUGCCUUUGAUGUAUUUGUAAAUGAUUGGAUGAUCACACCAUACUAGUAUAUAGGUGCACUCUGCUGCUCACAUCUUUGCUUUGUGCACUUGCACAGAACUUUUUGUGCUUGGAAAAAGACGUGUUUGAAUGUUUCUAAAUGUGCAUGCCAGGAGGAUUGAUUGGCUGUUGUCAGGUAAAGAAAAAAGCUGCAUUACAUGAAUGUUAUUGUGUUAACAGCUACUGGCCAUUAAUUCAUAUUAUACUGGAAUACUGGCUAGUCAGAUACCAUUGCUUACAACUAUUAAGAAUUUCUGAAGGAAAUCCACCUCAACUCAAAUGAAGUGAUUUUUAUUUCUGUCACGCUAGACGGUGCAGUCACCGAACAAAUGUAAAAAAAAAAAUAAAAAUAGUACAACAUAGUACAUCAUUUUACAAGUACGCAGAAUGUAGGCCUCACAUAUCCAAAAUCAAACGAAUUCAAACAUGUUAACAAAAAUACAAACAAGGCAAAACCGUACAUAUGUUUAAGAAGCUGUAUAGGUGGAAGUGGUCAUCACACACUUCACAAGACUAGAAAAAUCUCCCAAUACCAAUGGAAUAUUAUGUAAUAUAUAAAACAGUUAUAAAAAAAAAAAAAAAAAGGCAAAUGUGUACACUGUGUUGCUGAUGUCACGGCAAGUGGUUUCCACAUCUCUUGAAAUGAAUUUGGCUGUGGUAACAGGCAUUACAGUGAACCAAUACUAUAAGACUAUGAGCACCAUUUGGUGGUUAAAUACUUAAAGAAAAAAAUGUCAAAUGUUCAUUUAUGCUCAGUUUACUUGAAAAAAUGGUGUUUGAAGUAUUUGACCUAAACAGCAACAUAAUGAGCUCUGUGGCUUCAGCUCAUAACUGUUGUGGUUGAGUUAUAAAUCACUUUUCUUGAUAAUGAAAACCCUGUCAAUGGUAAACGCUCAAAAAGGUCAGACAAAGCACACAGACAAUGUACUACAAAAGUCCACUAGUAACCAGAACAGUACAAAUAAUUCUCCAGCAACAUAUCGUUUGUUGUUUUGCCCCCGCCGCAUCCUGCAAGUAAAAAUAGAUCAUUUGGCAGAAAAAAAAACACUCCACAGUGCUGAUGCGGAUGUUAUAUUGCGACGCUACUCCGUUUACUCCCGAGAGCUCCCAUGGAGACAGCUGUUGCUAUGGUUACCGCAUGUUCUCUCAAAUCUGGUGUAUAGCAGCAGUCCAGGACAUUGGCGUGUGUAUUUAUGUGUUAGGACAGCCACUACGGCAGGGUAAACUGAUCUGAGGUUUGUUUUGCAGUCAUUGUGACCCUUUGCCGCCACCCAAGUAGAUGUAAGGAGACCUCAGCUGCUGAGCCGUGAGUUGGCCUAGCUACAUUUGAACAGGACUGGAAACGGUUGUUUUUGAAGAAGGCGCUCUUGACGUGUUGAUUUGCUCAAAUAGUGGUCGUGUGACAAGGGCGGCUGAGACGAGCAAACCGGUGCCGGGUCACUCGCAAGCAGAGCCCUGGUUCUGCUGGUAGAUGGAGGCUUUGUCCUUGAGCAGAGCCAGGCACAGGUGGCAACUCCAGCUCCCUGUGAAAACACAUCAAUGGAAUGAUCGCAAUUGCAUACUAUCGAAUAUUACCUCUUUUAAAAUAUUGCUUCUUUGAUGUCUUACCCUCUGGCGGUUCGGUCAUCGGAGGACUAAGGCAAUACAUGUGGUAGCCUCGGUCACAGUCGUCGCAAAAUAGCAACUGAUCCUGCAAAAAAAAAAAAAAAAUUCUCAGGAAAAACCUUUGAUUAACAGCAUUUCCAAACCCAAUUAUAGGACCUGACAAUUCAUUAGUUAGGCUUUUCCAUUCAUCUGAACAUGUACUACUUUUGUAGUGUACUACAGUUUCCUGGUUUGCAUUGAAGCUAUGAUGGAGCAUGAGCGAUGGAAUGAUGCAAUGCGUGCAGUGACGCUAUUAUUAAUCCGUUUGCUCCUGUUGCCCUUUCUUCAUCACCUAAAAUAUUGGCAGUGACGCCUUUCCAUGUUUGCGUGCGUCACAACGAAGGCACAGAAUAGUAAAAACAACGGAAAAUACACAUACACGAACUAUCAUUGACCCUUUAUAGCAGCGGUCUCAAACCUACUCCACAAAGGGCCGCAGUGGGUCCUGGUUUUUGUUCCAACAGAUCCAGCACAAAUAGUUCAACCAAUGAGGUUUCUACUAACAUAAGCAGCACCUGAUUGCAAUCAACUGAUUACACUUGUAAGAAACCAGAUUGGUGAAAAGGUAUUUGUCUCGUUUGGUUGGAAUGAAAUCCAGUACCCCCUGCGGCCCUUUGAGGACCGGUUUGAGACCACUGCUUUAUAGGAUAUGAAACAUUUUUGGUAAUAAAAAAAAAAAAAAUGUAACCCUUUAUUGAUCGAAUUAUGACUUUAACCAUUAGAGAGUACUCAUUAAAUGAGUUCAGUGAGGGCCAAUUUGAAAUUUCAGAUUCAAAUUUCAAUUCUGCUGUAUUGGUUAUAGGCAGUGUUGUCACUAACGCGUUACUAAGUAACACGUUACUGUAAUCUGAUUACUUUCUUUCAGUAACGAGUAACGCAUUCGAUUAAAGUUGCUUAGUGUCUGUGCGUUACUAUUUUGUUUUUGCCUCAUAAUUUACAUAGAAUGAAUAUUGUAGUUAUGUACGAAGAGCAUUUUGAAUAGAAAAUGUUAGGUUCCCUGUACGUGCUCGUUUCCAUGGUAACCGCUCAUAGUUCUUCCUGUUUUGGUUUCGAGUCACACGUGCUAAGUGUUUUGGGACUGAGAAAGGCAUGUGCCAGCGCAGAUGCACAUUCGAGCGGAGUGCAGCCACCUGUUGAGAUGUGCGAGGGAAUGCUGAUCUGUGUGCGUCCAUGAAUGAACGUGCGUAUUUUUCCUUCAUUCUGAAGUGUUCCAUCGAUAGGUCGGAGCUGCUACAUGCGUGGCCAUUUCGUAGCUUUGCUGUUGCAAUGGCGGGUGGUCGGCGACAUCAUAUACGUGUUGUACAUUUAUGCCGUGAGGUGAUGUGUUCGUUUAGCACCUUUGGGAUGUGUUGUAGGUCCAGUCCAAUUGACUGUAAAGUGCUUAGUUGUCGCCACGUUUUGUGGCAAAAUUGAUCGCGUGUGUGUACGGCGUACUUCUGGUGUUCUGCCAAAAUUUCCACCCCAUCUUUGUGUUUAUUGCACUGUGCAAUUCAUUUGUGUGUUAUUAUUGUGCAGGCAAUUUGCAUUGUUUUAUAUUGACACUGAUAUGCUGUUAACCCUAACCCGAAAUUCAAAAUUUUUGACAUUAGGGUUAAUCUUCGAGUUAGCGGGGUUUAUUUGGUUGUUGGAGUUGAUUUCAACAAAUUCCAUGCCGUUUGUCAGUUAUUUGUUAGUUUCAGGGCUCUGCACUGGCUAAGCUAGCGCGAGUCAAUGGUGGUUGAAAUCAACUCCAUCGACUAAUUAAACCUCCACUAAUUCGAAGAUUAAGCCUUUAUGUGAAAAAUUCUGAUCUUCCCCUUAAAGUACAAUAAUCAGGAAGUCAAUUACAUGCGAUGACGUUUUUCUGUUGUCAUUCUUAUGCUGAGGCGGCAAAGGGAGGAAAAACUGGUAAAAAGUAACCGAUAAAUUACUUUUAACUUAGUUACUUUGAUAACAACGUAAUCAGUAAAGUAACUACUGUAUUUUUCACACUAUAAGUCGCACCAGCCAUAAAAUGCCCAACGAAGAGGAAAAAAACCUAUAUAAGUUGCACUAUACAAGUCGCAUUUUGGGGGAUAAUUUACUAGAUAAAAUCCAACACAUAGAACAGAUAUGUCAUCUUGAAAGCCAAUUUAAAAUAAAAAUAGAGAAUAAAAUGCUGAAUAAAUAAAAAUAGAGAACAACAUGCUGAAUAAGUGUACAGUAUGAUAAUGUUACAUGAUGCAUGAACAACGAAAUGCGAACGUGGCCGGUAUAUUAACGUAACAUAGCUUUUCAGAGUUAUUCAGAUAACUAUAGCAUACAGAACAUGCUAACAAAUUUAUCAAACCAUCAGUGUCACUUUAAAACGCCAAAAUAACAUGUGAAAUGAUAUAAUAAUGUGUUAAUAAUUUCACAGGUAAGUCACUCCAGAGUAUAAGACACACCCUCAGCCAAACUAUGAAAAAAAAAAAAAGUGACUUAUAGUCCAAAAAAUACGGUAAAUGACUUUGACCUCAGAGCUUAUAAGCAGAGUUGCUGUUUAGUUAGGUAUGAUCUCGGACAUGCUCACAUCAUUCUCUGACGUGCCGCAUACAUUGCAGCACUUGCACUCAAUGCACUGCCAGCGGUAUGUCUUGACAGCAGCCAUCAUUACAGGCGUGAACUGCAGACAUGUGGGAUGGCCUGUAGGGAGGAACAGAACAGACACAACCACGGCACUCCAUCAACAUUCCGAUUUAAAUUCGCAUGCACAAUAAGUAGAGCUGUCGAGUCAAAAAAAUGGCCCCCCCAUACCUGAACGUCCACAGUCCGAGCAGGAAACGAGCUCUUCUGAUUGGCCGGUCUUCUGGUUCAAGGUGGAGUCUCCCAGACAGAAGUCGCAAUAAUCGUUAGGUAGUGCCAGACCAUUCGGACCCUUUUUUGUUGCUUCACAGGCAAAUAAACACAGAAACAUUUAAAGACUGUUACCACUGAUUUCUGAUGAAAAACUUCAAAUGCAAGUCACAAAAGAUGUUACUUAUUAUUUUAACACUUUAUUGGGCAAGUGACUAUUCUUGCUGAUUAAAAAAAUAUAUAUAUAAUAAUUACAUACAGAUAGUCCCUGGGUUACGAACGAGUUCCGUUCCUACGCUGGCGGCGUAACCCGAAUUUCCGAGUAAAUUGGAAUAAACCCUUUAACUCCCAACAUUUGCUCCCAAAAACGUAUAAAUACGUUCUAUAUUUAAUUGUUUCAGUGUCCUAAAGACAUGUUUUUUUUUCAUAAGAGAUAUCUCUGAUUCAAAUGAGCUCCAAAGCACAAAGCUGAAAAUCCAUUUUAAAGCAAUAAAACUGGCCACUGGAGGGCAGUAGCGCAUUUGGUACGCGACAAUUUGAUGACCUCGUAACGCGGUGUCAGCAAUAAAAUUAACUUACAGGAAUAUUUAUAAUAAGUUGAAAAUGAGCAUUUUUUGUUUCCCAUCGUUUUUGAGGGGAGUUCUAAAUCAGGCUGCUUAAGACAGCUACAAUUUUCACCAAGAUCGUCAUCCAUUGAAUAUGGUACGCCCACCGGUGGUGGCUCUGUUGUACAAUUGGCGUCUUUAGUGGGGCAAAUUGAAACUCCGCUUAACAUUUGGCUCUCCGGCGCUUCAUGGUCCACAUUUUCAAUCCUUGGCUCUUGCUCAGUAGUUGUUGUCGCUUUUGAACACUUGAACGGUUUGAAAAAAAUUAAGUAUAUCUAUCUUGCCUCUUCUGUCCACAGGUGGUUUUGGCUAACCAAAGCAAAUGACAGUCAUUUCAUUCAUUUUUGUUGUUUGUUUUAUUGCUUUACAACUUAUAUACACAAUAUUUACCGGAAAACUCUUGAUUUUAAAAUCAUAAAGUGGUACCUCGAAAUACGAUAGCUUCGAUACACGAUCCUUUCGACAUCUGACGAAAAAUUUGACUCGCCAUUUGUUUCUACAUCCGACGACAUACUCCAAAUACGACGAUUUUUUGACAGCCCGGCAGUGUCUUUGUUUUCCCACAAGAUGGACGCACGGUGGAUUUUCUUGUGAGAUAAAUCAACAUGAGUUCCAACAAUGUUAGUGCAGGUGGUGGGAAAGGAAAAAGGUGAGGCUUACCAUUGAAAUGAAAUUUGAAAUGAUAGGAAAAUAUGAGAGUGGUGUCCGCAUUCAUAAACUGGUUUGACAAUACGGCUGUAGAAUGGCGACGAGCUCGGCGGUCCUCCUCUAUUCGCCAGUCUUUAUAAGUUAAUGUGACAAUUAUUAUUAGUGUAACAUCACCAAAGAAAUCGCCAGCUUCGUCAGGUUUUUAAUCAUUUAUUUCAGAACUUGCCUUAACAGCAUGCCUACUGUCCCCCGCAGCUAACACCCAACAACACGGAAGAGUGAAAGUAAAAACUCUAAUAUACUCUCUCACUUACACCACGCAAAAUACAUCCGCCACAUUAAAACCCGAAUCGUUACAUUAUUACAGGUAUUAUUAUUUUUAUUACUAUUAUUAUAUUAUCAUUCCAAUUUUUAUUCAUAAUUUAUUUGUUUUGCUCUUUGUAAUUGCUAUUUGUAAUAGUAACAGCAGUAUUUAUUAAGGAUUUAGUAUAGGUUUUUGGGCUGUGGAACGAAUUAAUGGAAUUAUAAUGUAUUCUUAUGGGAAAAUCCGGCUCGACAUACGACCAUUUCGACUUACAAACAAGGUCCUGGAACGAAUUAACUUUGUAUAUAGAGGUACCACUGUACAGACUAGUGUUGUAUCGGUCGCGAACGAUUCGUUCUUUUUGAACGAAUUGUUUGGGUGAACGAGACCGAACUAAUCAUCAUCUGCACUGAUUCGUUCUAUGAAGUUGGUGCUUGUUCACUGCGUGGGAGGGCGUUGAGCAAGCGGCAGCGUCUUCUGACAUCGCACACGACCAAUCAGACGCCAGCCUCAUCGCGGGCAGGGGAGGGACCGGAAACAGAAUCAGGGCGUAUGUCACUCACUUCCACGUGUGGCCAAUAAGCAGCCAGCGUGCAGGCAGGGGGGCAAGACUGAGUUUUGUCACUUCCCGUUCAGUGACUCGGUCCUCCGGUUCCUGACCUAGCUUGCUGCUAACUUGACUUUCCAGUAAUGACUAUGCGGUGAACGAAUCAAAAAAUGAAAGGAAAGGACUUUGUCACAUAUUUGUUAACGUGGAGCCUAUCAAAUGCAGCUCAAAAAGACAAAAACACCACACAAAUCUAGCGAGCAUGGUUUAGUGUACUACUUUUCUCAACAGACUCGGGACUACCUAUUACGACAUACUAUCAAAUUUACCGUAAUUUAAAACACGGGUAGC